GUAUUAGAAGUUAGAAGCUGACGCGGAAAGAGAAAGCCUCAUGAGAUUGAGAUGUGGGGUCGGUCAUCUUCAAUAAUGAAGUUGAAGCUUCAAUCUUCCAUCACCUUGAAAUUCAAAUCAAUCCAAAUCCAAAUAAUUUCUCAUUUCACAUUUUAUCAGAACCCUAAAAUCUAAGUACCCUAUUAGAAUAUCCACUAUCCACAUCCACCAUUGAUUCAUUCUUAUUCCUACUAUUAUUCUCUUUAUUACUCAUAAUAAUUCAAUUAAUAUCGAAAUAUUAUUAACUCAACAAAAACACCAUCUUUGUUUCAAUUUCAAACUCAUCUUUGUUUGUAUUAUAAUCAACCAUCAAAAAAGUUGCAAAAUUGUGAAUUUCAGAGCUCAAACUCAUCUCAGCUAUGGGAGGAGCUGAAGGAGAAGGUGGUGGUUGUUCCAUCAGAGGCGGUGAUAUAUAUUGGGGAAGAAAGCAUGACACCGAUUUCAAAGGAAUAGUUGUAAUCUUUGCUUGGGUUUCAGUUCCACAAAUCCUUUUAAGGGAAUUCGUUGACCUUUACUCCUCUUUAGGUUGGAAUUCCCUUGUUUGUUAUGCUCAUUAUCUAUCCGCAUUCAAUAAGGAAAGCGCCGUGCCAUUGGCAUUUUAUGUUUUUGAUGAACUUAUCGAGGUGCUAAGGACUAGGCCAUGUCCUGUUGUGUUUGCUUCUUUUUCUGCUGGAUCAAAAGCAUGUAUGUACAAAUUAUUUCAGCUUAGUGAAGGAAGAUGUCCAGCUCCACUCAAUUUGCGAGACUGUCAAUUGUUUAGGAACUGUGUUUCCGGACAUAUAUAUGAUUCUGGGCCACUAGAUGUUACAAGUGACUUUGGCUUCCGUUUUUCUCUACACCCUUCGAUUGCAAAAGUGCCCGGACCAUCAAAGCUUGUUUCUUUGGUAGCAAAGUCUGUUGCAUCUGGUUUAGAUGCUUUAUACUUGACUCGAUUUGAAUCCCAAUCAGCUGAACACUGGCAGGCUUUAUAUUCUUCUGUUAAUUUAGGAGCUCCGUUUCUCAUUUUAUGUUCGGAGAAUGAUGACCUUGUGAGAUAUCAAAGCAUCUGUGAUUUUGCCCAACGACUACGCUAUCUCAACGGUGAUGUCAAUCUUGUAAAUCUGAGAAACUCCUCUCAUGUUGCUCAUUACAAACAUCAUCCAAUCCAAUACAGAGCUGCUGUGAGCCAUUUAUUGGAGAAGGCCAUGUCAACAUAUUCACGAAAAGUGAUACUUGAACGAGAAAGAACUGGUAUCGAUGGUACGCACGACGAGAUAUCCGAGUUAAUCUGUGAUCUGCAGAAAGUUGCAACUAAUUCAAAUGAGAGCUUUAGAAGAGUUGCAGUGGGGCCAAGUGACCACUUCUUUUUGCCUAGUUCAGCAGAACAUACUAACAACGACAGAGAAUCUGGGAUUCCACGCGACGAACAGAAAGAAGAACCUGCCUGUGUUCCCAGCUUCCCAAGCAUCAGCGCUCACAGUGUCCUUGGGCAAUUUCUUUUCGACGUUUGUGUUCCUAAGAAUGUUGAAGGUUGGGAUGUGAUGUUUUGCGGGAAUCUAAAUGGGAGGACGCGUGCUUCAGUGUCUAGGAAUUCGACUUUCAGAGGAAUUAAACGUGUCGGUCGCUCCAGGUUAUGAAGGUGAACUCUUUAGAGGAUGCUUUGUGAUGAAUUUUUUUGAAGGGUUGCUAAUUGUCUGAGAUAGAGGAGGAUAUGAAUAUGAUAGAUUUUGAUGCAACAAUGGGACAGACUCCGUAUCUGGCAGUGUAAUGGUUGUGAUGAUUCGACUAUCAAAAGGGUGAUAUGGAUAAAGAUUGCUAGAGUUAUAUCGCAUUUGAUUGCCGCCGUUGAAAUAAAUUGGUUAUCAGAAGUUAUAACUGUUGUAACUCAGGAAAGAGACUGUUAGAAAUAAACUGGGUGAUGUUUGACUAAGGUAACAACUACUCAAUGGGUUAUGUAAUUGGUUGAAAUGGGAAAAGAUGUACUUAGAGCAUGAAAAUUGCUGUGAAUAUAUAUUUGAGGGAAUAAAGUGCCAUGUUGGAGGCUGAAAAAUUGUAAAAUAGGCAUGUCUAACUAUGUAUAAAAGGAGAAUCUUCGGCUGUUUUACUCCCUA